AAUCCUUUGGAAAAUAAAUAAGCCUCAAAACAAAGACACGUUGUUGUCGAGAAGUUAGCCAAGCCAGCAAGCAAAAGCAACCAAACUCUCUACCUUCUUCUCAUACACAUCUAUCACAGACACGGUUUAAUCUCUCCAAAAACUUCCCCAUUAGAUGAACCGAACUUGAAAGAAACUUGGCUCUUACUGUCUGUGAGUCUUCCUUGUGAUUCUCAACUUUGCGGUGAAGAUAAAUACAAUUAGCCUCAUUAACUCGAUUGAAUUGUGUAAUGGAGAUAAUCUCACAGAACUUCCUGCCUCACUGCUCUGUGGUCACUUGGGGUAGUAAACCUGACAAGAACAGAUUGGUCCCAAAUCGAUCAAACAUCGUAGUAUCUAGUGGUGGUCUCAGGAAGUUCAGACUUGUGGUUCGAAAUGGAACUUCAGAUGGUUAUGUGGUUGGUGAGAAUGAUGACUUCGGUAGUAGUAUAGCUACAAGAAGAGGAGACUCAAAGUCAAAGAUUUUGAUUCCUGGUUUGCCUGAGGAAGCUGCUGCUCAAAUCACUCCUUCUCACUGCGAGUGGAAGCCUAAUCUCACGGUACAUUAUGAGAAAUCCGGUUGUGGGAAUGUUGAAGCUCCUGCGGUGUUGUUUCUUCCUGGCUUUGGUGUUGGUUCGUUUCACUACGAGAAGCAACUUACUGAUUUGGGAAGGGAUUAUCGAGUAUGGGCGGUUGAUUUUGUUGGUCAGGGUUCAUCUCUCCCCACUCAAGAUCCUACUAUUACCACUACUACCAUAUGUAAAGAAACAAAUGGCUUGCAAAAUAGUGAGCCAUUUUGGGGGUUUGGUGAUGAAGCUGAAUCAUGGGCUGAUCAACUCGUUUACUCAUUGGAUCUCUGGAGAGAUCAAGUUCAGUAUAUUGUACAAGAGGUUAUCGGUGAGCCAGUGUACAUUGCAGGGAACUCACUUGGAGGGUACGUAGCUCUCUACUUUGCAGCAACCCAUCCUCAUCUCGUCAAAGGUGUGACGUUGCUUAACGCAACACCUUUCUGGGGUUUCUUCCCUAAUCCAGUAAGAUCCCCAAAGCUAGCACGUCUCUUUCCAUGGUCCGGAACAUUCCCUCUGCCGCCAAGAGUGAAAAAGCUCACUGAAUUAGUGUGGCAAAAGAUAAGUGAUCCUGAAAGCAUAGCUGAGAUACUCAAACAGGUCUACAAAGACCAUUCUACUGAUGUGGAUAAAGUAUUCUCACGUAUUGUGGAGAUUACGCAGCAUCCUGCUGCUGCUGCGUCGUUUGCUUCAAUCAUGUUUGCUCCUGGUGGACUGCUCUCUUUCUCCGAGGCGUUAUCUAGGUGUAAGAAAAACAGUGUUCCUAUAUGUCUCAUGUAUGGAAAAGAAGAUCCAUGGGUGGGACCUAUAUGGGGAAAGAAGAUAAAGAAGGAGAUCCCCAACGCUCCUUACUACGAGAUCAGCCCAGCUGGUCACUGCCCACAUGAUGAAGUCCCUGAGGUGGUGAACUAUCUGAUGCGAGGGUGGAUCAAGCACCUGGAGUCUGGUGGGUUUGAAGCGCUGCCGCUUAUGGAAGAUGGUGAAGAAGCUUGGGAGGAGUCCAGCAUUGGUCGGGAAAUCGAGUUUCCGAGAGGAGAAGGUUGGAAGAAGUCAGUGAAACUGUGGUUGUACGGGUCAAAGUAUACGUUCUGGCGUGGAGUUGAAGAAGCUUUUAGAGCCAGUUUAGUAACGGCAUUUCGAGGGAAGUCUGCAUAGAAAGUAGCAAACAACAGGGCAUUUUAUCUGAUACUCAGAAUCCGAACAAAAGUUAGAACCCGAAUCCGAACCAAAGUAGCAAAAUUCCCGAACGGUUUUUGUAUUGAGAAGUUUGGAUACCCGAACCCGAUCAGAUAUAUUUGAAACCCGAAGUCAUCCGAACAUAUGUAUACUUUAACCCAAAUCUACAUCUUUCAGACUUUCAUCCAA